UCUCGUCAACGCCCCGCGGUUCACUUGUUUUCGGAACCGCCGACGUUGCUUUUUAUUUAUAUACCCGGCGUGUCCUACAUCGACAUCCCCCAUAUCCACAAUCCGGGCUCAGCUCAAAGUUUAUCGGGGGGAACUAUUUGUCCGAGUGUCACUGACAGGCGGUGCUUCGGUCUCUCAAACAUGGCCACCAUGAUGGAGUGAAUGCAAUAACUUUGAAUUUCAGAUUUUUUUAGGGGGGAAAAAUUCUUUUUUUUUUAUUUUCUCCUACUCUGGAAAGCGAUGCUUAUUCGGGAGAAGCACACAAAAGGCGCUUAAUCGUUUUGAAAGGUCUGGGGAAAGUUGCACCGGGGACCCCGCACUCAUGUAAGUUGGCUGGGAAGCUCCGGAGAGAAAAGAAUCGCGUCAAUUUCGGAAGCAUUAUCCGCCUCCCGUGAAUGUGUCAUGAAGGCGAUAAUUUCCAACUUCUAGGCUUAAAAAGAAUGUCAUCAGAGGACAAGAGUCAGGAGGCCUCUGACCGUGGACCAUCACCGCCCCCGGGCAGCGCCGGGACCACCCCCGACGGGAGCCCUACCGUCACCGACAAGCGCCCCCGGGGUCGGCCUCGCAAGGAUGCUGUCACUGGCACGCCAAAGUCCAGGAAGGAGUCCCAAAGUCGAGCCAAGGUGGCGGCAGAUGAUGAGGACUGCCUGGACUGCCUGGAGUCCAGUGAGGCUGAGAGCGCUCAGGAGGCCGAGUCCCAGGAAGCACGGCUGGACACAGAGGAUGGUCUGGACUGCGACAGGCCCACCUCUCCCCUCUUCUUGCGCUCUGUGUCACUGGACUCUGCCGGAUCCCUUGCCUUCGCCGGCGAAGACACCAGGAUCAGGAUGAAGGUGUGUGCUUUCUGCUACUGCGGCGAGCGCAGCCUUCUGGGCCAGGGCGAGCUGAAGUUCUUCGGACCGACACCGGGCUACGUGCCGCUGCACAUCCGCAACCGGCGCCGCAGCUCGGAAAAUGAGGACGACGACGACUGUGGGAGCAACAACGAGAGCCCCAAGCGGGACCGGGACCGGCCCAUGCGGCACAGCCCCAAAAAGGCCAGUUCUCCAGACAACGUGCCGUACUCUUCAGCUGCCUCGGGGGGCGACUGCUUCGGGGAGGAACCUGCCCACCAGCCUUGGGACGAGCUGGGCCAUAUCGGCCUCCCCCACGACAUCGACGUCCAGUCCCUGUUUGACCCCACCGGGCAGUGCUGUGCUCACCAGCGUUGUGCAGUCUGGUCGCGGGGUGUAUGCCGGGGCGAGGGCCAGUCGCUGCUCAAUGUGGACAAAGCCAUCGACUCAGGGAGCACAGAGUCCUGUGCAUACUGCAAGCGCCUUGGAGCAUCCAUCCCAUGCAGCGAGGGGGGCUGUCCCCGCUCGUACCACUACCCCUGUGCCGCUGCUGCCGGAACCUUCCAGGACAUCAGAACUUACACCCUGCUUUGCCCCGAGCACCUCGAGCUAGUCGUCGAGAGAUCCAAGGAGGAGGCGAGAUGUGUGGUGUGCGACAGCUCCGGCGACCUCCGCGACCAGCUAUUCUGCACCACCUGCGGGCAGCACUACCACGGCAUGUGCCUGGAUGUGUCGGUGACACCAUUGAAGCGGGCGGGCUGGCAGUGCCCCGAGUGCAAGGUCUGCCAGACGUGCAAAAACCCUGGGGAUGACAACAAGAUGCUGGUGUGUGACGUGUGUGACAAAGGCUACCACACCUUCUGCCUGCAGCCCAUCAUGGACUCCAUCCCCACCAAUGGGUGGCGCUGUAAGAAUUGUAGGGUCUGCACACAGUGUGGCACCCGGACCAGUGAGCCCUGCCACGGAGGGGCUCUGUUGUGCGACACCUGCUCCCAGCCACCGGAACCCGCAGCUGCUUGCCCCCUUUGCGGGAAGCCCCCCCGUGGUACUGACUGUCAGGCUGAGCAGCUGACCUGCCACACUUGCAACAGGUGGCUGCAUGUGGACUGUGAGAGGCAGGCAGGGGGCACCCAUUGGGCCGUGGACGGCCCCCAGCGGGAGGGUUACAUCUGCACACUCUGCAAGCGGCUAGAUGUCAGUGAGGCCCGCCCCCCCGCGGAUGUCACCACAACUCUAGCGGAACCAGCGUUAGGGCCUGGGGAGGCUGAGCAGCUGGAGAAGGCAGUUCCGGGAUCCCCCGUUAGAGGAGAGAGACAGGACUCACCUGCUCCUGGCACCGUCCCAGAUGCUGGGGAGACUGCAGCUCUGACCUCGAGUCCGGUUCUGCCCCUGGAGACUCCCACUCCAGCGGAAGGGCCCCAUUCGCUUUCGGAGAGGCCGGAGGAACAGGGGAUUGAGACCCAGGAAGAGGAGGGCGACCUAGUAGACAAGCCAGUGGAGAAAGUUCCAGAAGUCAGCCCGGGCCUUCUUGCCGAGGAGACUGCUGCAGAACUGGUGACAAUCACAGAGACACUGAAGGUGAAAGAGGAACAAUUGGUGAUGUCGCCCCUUGGAGCCGCAGGGGUAGCUGAGCGGGCCGUUAUGGGCGCAUCUCCGAGAGAAGAAGAGGAAAGUCUGCACGUGCUCCCCAAAAUUCCACCGGAGGAAGGGGAUGAGGCCGUGGCCGCCAUGGAGGUCAGCCCACCUCCAGAGGGCGUGGUGACCCCCGCCAGCGAGCACAGCUUCUCGGAUGGUAGCUCGCUAGCAGCCGAGGACAAAGCUCCCAAGCGCUCCCACGGUACACUGUCACCCCUCUCGGCGGGGGGCUCCCCCAAGGAGCCUACUCAUACCUCCCUGCUGGCAGCUGGAUACCUUGAAACCGUGCCGUCCACCACCUUCAUCCCGGUAACCCCCAAAAUCGGCAUGGGCAAGCCCGCCAUCUCCAAGAGGAAGUUCUCCCCGGGAAGGCCCAGGGUGCGACAGGGCGCGUGGAGCAGCCGUAGCGCUCUGCGCUCCCCGUCGUGGUCCCCGGACCACUCUGAGGGCUGGGACGCUGCAAAGAUGAGGCCCCUGCCCGGCGUCCCCGUCUGCUGGAGCAUCAGAGCGGGCCGAGGAUCGGGCUUCCCUGCGAGGAGGCGUCCCCGUGGUGCCAACCUGUCUGGUCGAGGGGGUCGGGGCCGCGCCAAGCUCAAGACAGACGUCAGCCUCCUUGUGACUCCUGGAGUUAACCUGGUGGAGGCGUAUUCGGUGAAGGAUGAGGAGGAGAACACCAUGCACAACACUGUGGUCAUGUUCUCCAGUACGGACACCUUCACCCUCAAACAGGACAUGUGCGUGGUGUGUGGCAGCUUUGGCCAGGGGGCCGAGGGUCGGCUACUGGCCUGCUCCCAGUGUGGCCAGUGCUACCACCCCUUCUGCGUCAAUAUCAAGAUCACCAGGGUGGUACUGAGCAAAGGCUGGCGCUGCCUGGAGUGCACAGUAUGUGAGGCGUGCGGACAGGCCACAGACCCGGGUCGGCUGCUGCUGUGCGACAACUGCGACAUCAGCUACCACACAUACUGCCUGGACCCACCGCUGCACACUGUGCCCAAGGGCAGCUGGAAGUGCAAGUGGUGUGUCUCCUGCACGCUCUGUGGUGCCACCUCCCCGGGCCCGGGCUGUGAGUGGCAGAGUAACUACACACAGUGUGCGCCCUGUUCCAGCCUGGCCUGCUGCCCUGUGUGCACCCGUGAUUACCGCGAAGAUGAGCUUAUCGUGCAGUGCCGCCAGUGUGACAGAUGGAUCCACACCACCUGUCAGAACCUGAACACAGACGAAGAGGUGGAGGCGGCAGCCGACGAGGGUUAUGACUGCACUAUGUGCCGGGACCGCUCUUCACCGCCGCAGGGCCCUGCGGUAGCACUGGUGUCCGUUCCUGAGGUCAGCGUACCCUCACCGACCCCUCAGGCUGUGCCGAAAUUGAAGGAACAUGACCCCCAGAAGACGUACACGCAGGACGGUGUGUGCCUCACGGAGUCAGGCCUGUCACAGCUGCAGAGCCUGUCGGCAGCAGGGGCUGCGUCCCGACGCAAGCGGCCCAAACCCAAACUCAAGCUCAGGAUCAUCAACCAGAACAGCGUAGCAGUGCUGCAGGCACCCACCGACCCACAGUCGGAGCACUCGCGAGAUGACGACCUGGACGAAAGCAGAGAGGGGGAACUUCUGGACUGUGACAUGAAGUCAGACUCCAGCCCAGAGCGGGAGGCACCUGAUGACGAAGCCAAGGGGCCCGAGGGCCCGGAUGGAGUAAAGAAACGCAAGAGGAAACCUUAUCGGCCAGGUAUUGGUGGGUUCAUGGUGCGCCAGAGAAGCCGAACAGGUCAAGUCAAAGCCAAACGAUCCCUCUGCAGGACAGACUCAUCAGGCUCUGUGUCUGAGAACCUCCUGGGGAAGGAGGAAGGCUGGGGAGAGCUUGCUUCUGAAAUGCCUGUGGAUGAGACCGUGCCCGGGCCCGAGGGUGUGGAGAAAGUGAAAAAGCGCUACCGCAAGAAGAAAACUAAGCUUGAAGAGGAGUUCCCCUCGUACCUGCAGGAGGCCUUUUUUGGCAAAGACCUGCUGGACAGGAGCAGGCAGGUCAAGCAGAGCCUGGGAACCGGCCUCUCGGACGACGACCCCCCCCAGGCAGACAGCCAGCCCCCAAGCGCCAGCAGCAGCUUCCUGGACCCGACGUCCGACCCACUGCUUAGUGCUGCCACCACACCUGUUUCGGGGAAGCCAGGAGUUCUGCCCAACUCUGAGGACCCCUUAGCUGUCCUGUCUGAAGUGCUGAGUACGGACGACGACCUCCUGGGGAUGCUGUCGGAUGACCUGGUUAAGCCUGGAGAUGAUUCAGGUCUUGCUUUAUGCCCUUUCCAGGUUGAGAUCUCUGCCUCUCCAUUUGCUGGUCUGGACAUCGGCCCCAUCCCGGAUGACCCAACUUCGGGGCCUUCACAGCCCCUCCCAUCCCGGGGCCAAAGGGGCCUCCCCGAGGAGCCACUGGAUGGGAUCCUCAGCCCUGAGCUGGACAAGAUGGUCACUGACGGUGCUAUUCUGAGUAAGCUCUACAAAAUCCCAGAGCUGGAGGGGAAGGAUGUGGAGGAUCUUUUCACUGCAGUCCUGAGUCCUGGAACCAGUCAGCCCCCGCCACCCACUGCUGCCACCCCCACUGCAUUUGUCCCUGCCGCACCCCUGCCAAACCCAGGGAAUGGUAUGUUCCCACGAAUGCCUGUGAUGAACGGCAUGACAGGCUCUGGCCCCCACUUCCCUUCGGCACCAAUGAUGCCCAGCACGGGGCCCUGUGUCCCCAGUAGCUUCUCUUCCAUCCACCGCAUGCCUUUUACAGACAACAUGAGAGAGAAAAAGUUUGGCCAGUUGGGAGGGGACGUGGUCGGCUCUUGGGGUAUGGCCACGCCAGUAGCUCCCACCGAGGCAGAGUCAGACACCAUGUCCAAUGCUCAGAGAAGCACGCUCAAGUGGGAGAAGGAGGAAACGCUGGGCGAGAUGGCCACAGUGGCCCCCGUCCUUUACACGAAUGUCAACUUCCCAAACCUCAGGGAGGAGUUUCCCGACUGGUCGCUGAGGGUCAAGCAGAUCGCCAAGCUGUGGCGGAAGGCCAGCUCCCAGGAACGAGCGCCGUAUGUGCAAAAGGCCAGGGAUAACCGGGCCGCCCUGCGCAUAAACAAGGUCCAGAUGUCAAAUGACCCUUCCAAGAGGCAGCAGCAGGCCGACAUGUUUGAUCCGAGCGUCGCCCUAGACUCUGAUCUGCUGUUUAAGGACCCCCUGAAGCACAAGGAGUCUGAGCAUGAGCAGGAGUGGAAGUUCCGUCAGCAAAUGAGACAAAAGAGCAAGCAGCAAGCCAAGAUCGAAGCCACACAGAAACUGGAGCAGGUUAAAAACGAACAGCAGCAGCAGCAACAGCAGCAGCAGCAGCAACCACAGCAGCAGUUUGGUGGUCAGUCUGGGGCUGACACUCCCAACAGUGGUAACCAGAGCCCCAUGACUCCCCAGCCCAGCAAUGGUAGUGCGUCCCCAGGACAGCAAGCAACUCCCAAAGAUGGGGUCGCCCAUGCACAGCUUCCUGGGACGCCCACAUCAGUUUCCGAUGACGUGUUUCUGCGACCUCCACCCCCGCCACCCACUUUUGCACGGGUGUCUGACACUUGUUCCCAGGGUCAAGGGUCUCAACCUCAGUCCCCUCAGAUGUUCUCACCCAGUUCAUCCAGCUCACGACCAUCCUCUCCCUGGGACCCCUAUGCCAAAAUGGUGGGGACCCCAAGACCGCCGCCCAUAGGAUCCAACAUAACUCGGAGGAAUUCUACAGAUUCCUGCACAGUCCCCCGGUCUCUGUUAGAGCAGCAAGAGAGAGGAAGAUCCUCCCCCUCCCACAAGUCGUUCGGUUCGCCCACGUCCAUGAGUGCCGAUCCCUAUGCUAAACCUCCAGACACCCCAAGACCGGUAAUGGGCACAGACUCAUUUGUCAAACCAGUGGUUCCCCCAAAAGCAGCCCUUGAGUCACAAGGGAGGCAAGUGCCAGUUUCUGCUGCAGGAGACUCAUUCACAAGACCAUCUCAGAGAUUCGAGGCUUACCAACGGAUGUCACACAGCAAGAUGAUUCUGUCUGACCCCUACUCGAGACCUUUGUUGACACCUAUACCUGGAAGCAAUGAAUCUGGCUCAGUGCCGCUGUUCAAAACUCCUAUGCCACCUCCUCAGCCCCAGGAUGUUUACAACUCUGUAUCUCCUAUGUCUCGCCGCGGACCUGUGGACAGCUUUGAGAGGCAGGCUGUCAGGCUCUCAGAUGGUUUUCAGAGUCUUCAGAAUGACCCGUAUGCACAUCCUCCACUCACUCCUCGCCCUUCUUUGAAUGAAGGAUUUUCUAACCCUCCUAAGAUGGUGCACCAUCCGCAAGGCAAUAGCUUUUCUCAACCCAUACCAAUGGUGCGACACCCCUCCAGGGAAACACAUGCGCAGGGCCAAUAUACACCAAGACCAGAUUUUACUCAGCAGUCACCUGACCUUUAUGCUCAACCUCCUGGCACACCUCGACCUUCGUCUGACCCUUAUGUUCAACCUCCAGGCACCCCUAGACCUUUGUAUGAUCCCUACAGUAAACCUCCUGGAACCCCGAGGCCCGGCCCAGACCCUUAUUCUCAGCCUCGUUCUACAUCUCGUCCAACUGGGGUGGACCAGUAUGUGUCACAGCAACCAUCAAAUCGCAGGUUGUCCCCUUCUCAUGCCCAUGACCCCUAUGUUCAGCCCCCUGGAACUCCUCGGCCUGCUACAGGGGAGAGGUUUCCCAAAUCACCAGGCAACCAAAGAAAUGUUGACCCUUAUGCUCAACAGCCUGGAACUCCGAGGCCUAUUAAGCAUGAUCCUUAUGCUCAGCCUCCUGGUACCCCAAGGCCAGUGCUAAGUGACCCAUACGUCCAGCCUCCAGGAACGCCUCGGCCAGGGGUCAGUCCAGAAGUGUUUACCAGGCCUGUCACUAGGACUGGACCUGGAUCCCAUCAGGACCCCUUUUCACCUCAGGUUCCAAUGCAGGACACCUUUGUCCGACCAGCAGUCCUUGGCUGUCAGACACCAAAGAAUUCUGGUUUAUCUGAAGAUGGUUUUAUUCAGCCACCAUCUAAUCCACCUAGCCAGACUCCAGUUCAUGAUCCAUAUGAGCAGGCUCCUAUGACCCCACAACCACAGUUAGGGGAAAGACUUUCAAAUGAAGUUCAAGACCAGCAUGUAAUGGCACAUGAAGAUAAUUCCCAAGGUAUAGAGCAGUUCUCAAAUAUCCAGCAACCAACUGGGAGCACCUCAGAGACUCAGAGUGGUAUGCAGAUACCUCUAGUUGAUACUGAAGAAAAGUACAGACAGCGACAGCGUUUACGUGAGCUGAUCCUUAGGCAGCAGCAACAGAAGACUAUUAGGCAGGAAAAGGUCCUACAAGAGUCAAACCCAUCAACUGGACCUGGGAUCCCCCAAAUUUGGUCACCAGAGGAACGAGGACAACAGAACGAGGUCUUCAGUCGGCCACCUCCUCCAUAUCCGGGGACUGCAAGAGGACCGAUGAUGCCUGUGGGACAGAGGUUCCAAGGGCCUUUCCACAGUGACCAGUGUGGACCUUUCCCUAAUGAAGGCCAGUUUCCCAGAGGCCCAUUUCCAGGUGACAUUGGAAACAUGAGCAUGAGACCUCAAGGCCCAAGGUUUGCAUUUCCAUCAAGUGGGCAGGGAACCCUUGGAGGACAGGAACAGUUCCUUCGGUCUCCACACCCCAUGCAGGGACAAAUGAUUGACGUUCCUCAGCAAAUGAGGAGGUCUCUGUCCGUUGAUCUGGCCAGGGGGAACAAUUCCAUGGGGCUACCUCAGCCUUUCCCCCCACGUGGCAUGCCACUGCAACAACACAACAUAAUGGGACAGCCUUUUAUUGAGCUCAGGCACAGAGCUCCAGAGAACAGGAUGAGACUUCCCUUUGUACCUCCGUCGGUUGCAGGAAAUGUAGUUGAUCCUUCUCUUCAACCCCAAAGAUUGGGCUUUGUUGGAGGGCAGGAGGUGGGCUUUCCUGGUCCUAGAAUGGUGGACCCUCUGUUGUCCCAGUCUUCAGGAGUGUCCAGCCAUAUGCCAAUCUCAUCCAGCCUGGAGAACUCUCUCCAACACCCAAUGCCAAGUAAUGUAGGACCUCUGCAAGCUCCACCCAUGAGAUCUCUGAGCCAAACAACAGCAAGUGAACCCUUCAACAUGGGUCCUUCACUCUUACCCUUAACCCCCGCUGACCAGCCAGAGGGUAUUCCAAUUGCUAAUACUGAUGGAAUAGAAGAGAAGUUGGACACGGAUGACUCUGCAGUGAAAGAUCUGGAAGAUGUAGAAGUCAAAGACCUGGAUGACGAAGAUCUUGAAAAUCUCAACUUUGACCCUGAUGGCAGUAAAGACUUGGACUUAGAAACUAAUGACUUGCAUCUUGAUGACUUUUUAACAUCUGGAAAAUUUGACAUCAUUGCCUACACAGAUCCAGAACUUGACCUGGGUGAUAAAAAAGACAUAAUUUUUAAUGAAGACCUGGACCUUGGUGAUCCUAUUGAUGACCAUGGCAAUAAUUCAGAUUUGCAGAAAGCAAUGUCAGACAAAAAUGUCAACUCUACUGGCACCACUUGUUCAUCACAGGUUGUGCCAGAGUCUGCCGGGCAAAAAAGCCAGCAGGACCACAUUGGCAAAGAGGGCACUAGUCCUAAUAAAAAUUCUAAUCCUUUGCCGGCUGAGCAAAAGAUAAAGACAGAAAUGAAUGAGGGUUUAACUAACACCCAGGAGUCCUUCAGCUGCAGAGGUUUGACUGAGGAAAAGAUCACGAAUAACCAGGAGGUUACUGGGAGUGAUCCAAGUCUCCCAGAAGCAUCUGCUCAGCCGGCCGCUGAUCAGGCUGCCCAGCCUUGUGACAUUCACAAUCCUGGUCCUAAUCCAGUACUUCCUAGCUUGCUUGUUGAGGAGAAAGUGGAAGAUGCUGGCCUUGCGCCAGGAGCUUCUCCCAGUCAAAGUGGUCAGACAGUUCAGGCUAGGAGGGUCACGGGUAUGCAGCAGAAUCCCAGCAUGCUGAUGGCGCCAAGGCAAACCCAAGAGCUUGGCAUGAACCCCAACCAGCCAGUUGGUCAUAGAGUGGACUCCUCUGCUGUGGCUGGAGUGCUUAUGUGCGAUCCAGAUUUCCUGCAAGGUCCACCUGCUUGCCCAAACUAUGGACCUACUGGCCCUCAAGGGGAACAGGCCCUCCCGAUGCCUCUUCAGGCACUGCCACAUAACCUAGCACAAGCCCAACAGCAGCCUGUGUUCCCCCAGACCUUAAAUCAGCAGAACCAGCAAAAUCGACCUCUGCUGUUGGACGAACAACCACUCCUCUUGCAAGACCUACUGGACCAGGAAAGACAGGAACAACAGCAGCAGCGGCAGAUGCAGGCCAUGAUUCGCCAGCGGUCCAGUGACUCCUUCUUCCCCAACAUUGAUUUUGAUGCUAUCACUGACCCCAUCAUGAAGGCAAAGAUGGUAGCUCUGAAGGGGAUCAAUAAAAUGAUGGCUCAGAAUAGCAUGGUCAUGAAUAGGAUGCAGUUGGGUCCUCCGCAAAUGCCAGGUACUCCAGGCCCUGAUACUGUGGCCCCACUCCCACAGCAGGUGGUUGGCCAGGAUGGCAAACUGGCACCACAUAUGACUAGACGUAAUCCACCCAGUUUUGGACCGGGCUUUGUUAAUGAAACCCAGAGGAAACAGUAUGAGGAGUGGCUCCAGGACACCCAGCAGCUGCUGCAAAUGCAGCAGAAGUUCCUGGAAGAGCAGAUUGGGGCCCACAGGAAAUCCAAGAAGGCUCUGUCGGCAAAGCAGCGCACCGCCAAGAAGGCAGGCCGUGAGUUCCCCGAGGAGGACGCUGAGCAGCUGAAGCACGUGACGGAGCAGCAGAGUGUAGUGCAGAAGCAGCUGGAGCAGAUUCGGAAGCAGCAGAAGGAGCACGCUGAGCUGAUGGAGGAGUACCGUGUGAAGCAGCAGCAGUGCAGCAUGCAGCCAUCCAUGAUGCCAGGGAUGCUUCCAGGAGCACCACCCAUGAACCAGCCCGUGAUGAAACCCAUGAUUCAGAUGCAGCCACACCCUGGCCAGCCCGCCUCAGCCCGCAUGCCCAGCGUCCCUGGCUGGCACCCUAUUGGUUCUGGCAUGCCCGCCCACCUACCCCCGCCAAUGCCCCCAGCCAACCCUGGCCCACCCCCCCAGGCAUUCCCACCUGGCGGGCAAGCCGGCAACAGCACUGGCGCCACCCCCCAUGUCAAGUUUGAUGACAACAACCCAUUCAGCGAAGGCUUCCAGGAGAGGGAGCGCAAGGAGCGGCUGCGGGAACAGCAGGAGCGGCAGCGGGUGCAGCUGAUGCAGGAGGUAGAGCGACAACGUGCCCUGCAGCAGCGGCUAGAGAUGGAACAGCAGGGCCUCCUGGGCCCUGACGCCAACCGGGAGGCCCUGUCCCAGAUGGCCUUCUAUGGCACCGACCUGCCCCAUGACUUCAUGCAGCAGCAGCGAGCCCCAGUUCCUCCACAGCCCAUGGGUCAGCAGUUUCCUCAGCAGCAGGCCAUGCAAGCCAGCUUCAUGGGGUCCCCGCCGGGCACACCCUUCCUGCCAGUGGGUGAGCGACGACCCACAAUGCCCAAUGGGCCUUUUGUCCCUGAGAUGAGUACCAGUUAUCGGCCCAAAAACCCCAUGCUGCAGGGUCCUGCAUUUGGUCAGGGUCGGCUGCCUGGCCUUGGAGGCCCCGGGCUGAUGCCACAGGGUCCUGUAGAAGGGCCGCACUUCGCAAUGGAGUCUGCCACGCCCCUGCCUCCAAACUACCCGGGGGCGGGCCAGUCGCUCAUACAGCUGUACUCGAACAUCAUCCCUGAGGAGAAGGGGAAGAAGAAGAGGAACCGCAAGAAGAAGAAGAAGGAUGACGAUUCAGACUCUGUGAAGACACCCUCUACCCCACACUCCGACCUCACUGCCCCGCUGACACCCUGUGUAUCUGAUACAGCCUCCACCCCAACCCGGAGUGCCCCCCAUCUGGGGGAGCAGGACCCCCCUGAGCUUGCCACAGGCUCCCUGACUCCCGGCUCCCUGGGAAGCCAACCUCCCUCAGAGCUGGAGCGCCAGCUGUCCGGAGGCAGCUGCAGCAGCAAUAGCGGAGGUGGGCCACUAUCUCUUGGGCCCAGCCAGCUGCCCAGCGUUGGAGAAGCUGGUGGGACCUCCCCAGAGGAAUCACGGCGGAUAAAGAUGGAGAGGAUGGAGAGCGAGUGUCCCGAUCUCAAGCUUGAACGGUUGGGUGGGACUGUGAAAGCCGAGGGGGUGGAGCAGAGCCCUUCCUACACGGCAAAAGGGGAGUCUGGCAAUGAGCUGCUCAAGCACCUGCUGAAGAACAAAGACGCGCCUCUGCUGAACUCCCAGCAUGCCGAUGACGAGGGCGGGAGUGCCGCUGACAGCAAGCAUGUUUCCACAGAGACAUCUGGGGUGGCGCCUGAAGGCCAGGCACAGGGCGGGCUGGAGGCGUCAGCGCCCCCCAGCGAACAGGGCAAAAAGAAACAGCGGAACAAAAGACCACCCAAGAGCGUAGAGAAGGCACCCUCCCGCUACAAGAAGAGGAAGAAGGAGGAAGAGGAGCAGGCGCGGCACCUGGUGUGCUCCAGCACCGACACGCUGAUGACACAGCUGAAGCAGCAUCUAUCCCUGCUCCCCCUGAUGGAGCCCCUGGUGCGGGUGAACUUCGCCCACUUCCCCCCCUAUGGCAGCGGGCAGCUGAACGGGGAGAGCCAACUGUCGGGCACGUUCGGCAGUGCCACGCUGGACGGUGUGUGUGAUUACUACUCCCAGCUCAUCUACAAGCAGAACAACCUCAGCAAUCCACCCACACCACCAGCAUCACUGCCCCCCACACCGCCCCCGGUGGCCCGGCAGAAAAUGGUCAACGGCUUCGCCACCACAGAGGAACUUGCCCGAAAAUCUGCCAUCUUGGGAGGCCACGAUGUGACCAAAGGUCUGGGGCCCAAGCAGCUUCACACGACCUUUAGGCCUGAGGACGACCUGCUGGCCAGGGGUCCCAAAACUGUGGACGUGCCGGCAUCGCUCCCUACACCCCCCCACAACAAUCAGGAGGAGCUCAGCAGGGGACAGGAGCACUCUGAGGACAGGGACACACCCGACAGCUUUAUCCCCUCCUCCUCCCCUGAGAGCGUGGUCGGCAUGGAGGUUAGCCGCUACCCCGACCUGUCCCUGGUGAAGGAGGAGCCUCCAUCUCCCGCCCCCUCCCCCGUCGUCCCUAUGCUGCCCAAUGCCAGCGGCAAAGGUUCUGAAGUCAAACACCUGGAAGUAAAACUGGAACCCCAGUUUGGAGAGGUUCCGAAUUGUUCCAAAACAGACCUGGUGUCCAUAGCUAUUACCCUGAGUCCUGCUGCAGCAGAGAAUAUCCCCAGUGUGGUAUCGGCUGUUGCUGACCUGCUGUGCAUGAAGGUCCCCAGCAGUUAUGAGGUCAGCAGUACACUUGACCGGGGGCCCCUGUCAUUCCCAGGGGGCCUCAAGGCACCCUUGCAGGGCUAUGAGGCUCGUCACCCUGCCAUGUUCCCUGGGUCCCGUUUCCUGAGGCCCCCCGGACCUCCAGGGAUGAUGCCUGCUCAGGUGCACUACCCUUCUCCCAACACUGGUCCAGUUAUGGCCAGAGGUAACUAUCAGACUGGGAAGGGUGGACCAGCACCGAAGCCACAGUGGUGCUGUCACUGCAAGGUGGUGGUCCUUGGCAACGGAGUGAGGAAAUCCACCAAAGAUCUGCCCUGCGGACAGCAGGACAGCUGGGGCCGUCCAGAGGGGACUCUGGUCUUCUGCAGUCUGAAUUGCUUCAUUCUGUAUUCGGCUGCCCAGUCCAAGGCCAUGGAUGUUAAGCAGGUGAUGUCAGCGGCUCCACACGCAGACAUCAGGGAGAGUCUGGCUAAGGUCUCGCACCCGUACAGUAACAACAUGUCCACUCUGGAUGUCCACUGUCUAGCCCAGCUGCAGCCCAGCCAGUCACCCCCGUCCACACCCCCCAUUGCCUUCCCUGCAGCCGCCUUCGACCCCACCAAGGCCGAGGGCAAACCCGACGCCCUCAAGGUCACUGUCAAGCUGAAGCCCCGCCCCCGGGCGAUGCACAAUGGCACAGACGACCCUCAUCACAUUGGCAAAAGAUGGAAGGGUGUGCGCUGGAGGAAGUGGACUGUCCAGAUCGCAGUGCCUCGAGGCGACCCCCAGUUGCCCUCCGAGGACGAGGUAGACAUGCUCCUGCAGAAGCUGGGUGCUUCGCUGCGACCCGAACCGCUGCCCCGGGACCAGCGGCGCUGCUGCUUCUGCCACGAGGAAGGCGACGGGCUUACGGAUGGGGCAGCACGGCUGCUCAACCUGGACCUAGAUCUGUGGGUGCACCUGAACUGCGCGCUGUGGUCCACAGAGGUGUACGAGACGCAGGCAGGUGCCCUCAUGAACGUGGAGCUAGCACUGCGACGCAGCCUGUCGGUGCGCUGUGCCUACUGCCAGCACACUGGCGCAACAAGUGGCUGUCAGCGGCUGCGCUGCACCAACGUCUAUCACUUCACCUGUGCACUGCGCGCUCAGUGCAUGUUUUUUAAGGACAAGACCAUGCUGUGCCACGCCCACCGGCCACGUGGUGGCGCCCAGGAGCACGAGCUGCGCUGCUUCGCUGUCUUCCGGCGCGUCUACGUGCAGCGGGAUGAGGCGCGGCAGCUGGCCAGUGUGGUGCGGCGUGCCGAGCGCGACCACACCUUCCGCGUGGGCAGCCUGGUCUUUCACGCCGUUGGACAGCUCCUGCCUCAGCAAAUGGUGGCCUUCCACUCGGCCACUGCCAUCUUCCCCGUGGGUUACGAGGCCAGCCGUAUCUACUGGAGCACGCGUCAUAGCAACCGUCGCUGCCGCUACCUGUGCUCCAUCGAUGAGCGCAACAGUCGGCCCGAGUUCAGUAUCCGUGUAGUGGAGCAGGGCUACGAGGAUCUGCUGCUGACGGACACCACGGCCAAAGGGGUCUGGGACAAGGUCUUGGGGCCAGUUGCUGAGCGGAGGGCAGAGUCUGGCAUGCUGAAGCUCUUCCCCAUCUACUUGAAGGGAGAGGACCUCUUUGGUCUCACGGUCUCUGCGGUCACCAGGAUCAUCGAAUCGCUCCCAGGGGUGGAGGCCUGCGAAAACUACACCUUCCGCUACGGCCGUAACCCCCUGAUGCAGCUGCCCCUGGCCAUCAACCCAUCAGGCUCAGCCCGCUCCGAGCCCCGGGCCGGUCCCCAUGCCAAGAGGUUCGUGUUAAGACCUCACACCUUGACCAGCACCAGUACUUCCAAGUCCUUCCAGAGCACCAUCACGGGGGAGAUCAGCGCCCCCUACAGCAAGCAGUUUGUGCACUCCAAGACGUCACAGUACCGCAAAAUGAAGGCCGAGUGGAAGAGCAACGUGUAUCUGGCACGGUCACGUAUCCAGGGCCUGGGUCUAUAUGCCGCCAGGGACAUCGAGAAGUACACCAUGGUGAUCGAGUACAUUGGCACCAUCAUCCGCAACGAGGUGGCCAACAGGAAGGAGAAGAUGUACGAGUCGCAGAACCGAGGCGUGUACAUGUUCCGAAUUGACAGCGAGCACGUCAUUGAUGCCACGAUAACGGGGGGGCCUGCCAGGUAUAUCAACCACUCCUGUGCGCCAAAUUGCGUUGCUGAGGUGGUGACGUUUGAGCGAGGACAUAAGAUCAUCAUCAGCUCGAAUCGGAAGAUCCAGCGAGGAGAAGAGCUCUGCUACGACUACAAGUUCGACCUGGAAGAUGACCAACACAAGAUCCCCUGUCAUUGCAGGGCGGUGAACUGCCGGAAGUGGAUGAACUGAGGAGGAAGAGCAUUCCUUAAACUCUACAGGCACGGUCCUGUAGAAAAAGUAAAGUACUGUCACUGAGGGGAGGGGGGAGGAGGGGGAAACACAAAACUGUGAGGGGAGGGUGGAGCCCGAAGAUAUAACAGGCACAAUGGUGGGGGGGGGGGAGUGAUGGAGUGAUGUUAAUGACAUUUUUAAUUUAUUUUCUUGGAGAUGGAGGUGCUCGUGUGUGCAGUGUGUGUAUGA